AUGGGAGAGAAAGCUACGGGGGAUCUCGAAUCCAGAAUAAAAUCUAUCAAUGAAAAAAUUAAAAAAGAGGAACAGAUGCGGUUAGCUGCCGUACGGGUAAAGUCCUCUACUUCAAACUCUAUGGUUCAGGCUCAGGCUGAACAGAGUAUAGUAGAUGCAUCUAGACAUAUUGAUUAUUUAACAAAAGAAUUAGAAAAGUUACAUGUGAAACAGAGACAUGGCUCACAACCGGGUCAAUACGGUGGUGGUGGAUUUUAUUCAAAUCUAUCACCAACACAGUCACAAUAUACCUACUCAUAUCCAUCUACUGGUGGUUUUAAUAACAAUCAACAACAACCACGCUCCGCUUCUUUGAACCAACAGAUUACUCGUGAAGAACCAGAAUCAAUAUCUACUAUGGGCCGCAAGACUGCAUUGUCCAAUUUGGACCUCAUAAAAUCGGAUACGCCCAUUACGAAUUUGAAGAUAUCUAUGAAACUACAUGAACUCGAGUUUAAACUCGGUGUCGAGCAGAAACUUAAAGAAGGCUCGGAAAAGAUGAUGGAAGCGGUGACUUUAUCAAAUCCGAAAGACAGGAAAAGCAUUCAAGAAGUGACGAUCAAAACGUUGGAAAGUCAAGAGAAACUUUCAAUAUUAAAGAGAUCUUUACACAAAUAUAAGAACUUAUAUAUUGGUGAAGAUGAUGAUGAAGAAGAGGACGAAACCGAAAGAACAAUUAGGUCCAAACCUGGAUUGCGGCGUCCUGUUACAGGGAAGUUGGAUAUUCGUAUCCUUCAAGCUCUAAAUGUUCCUCAUUCACCAUUGCGUACACAAGGCAAGCUUCCGGACACCACAGUAGUGAUCAAUAUCGAUGGUACAACGAAAGCCAAGACACGUGUUGCACGCACUGAUAAAUGGAAUGAAGAUUUCGAAUUUCAUAUAGAAAAGGCGAGUGAAGUCGAAAUCACGUUAUAUGAUAAGACUUUGGAACAACAACAAGUACCUAUUGGCCUAUUAUGGAUCAAAAUCUCGGAUAUCGCAGAAGAGCUUAGGAAGAAAAGGAUCGAAGCUACAAACGGUCCCGGAUGGGUUACGGCUUCGAAUGCUCAAUUUGAUAUGCAGAAUUCCCCAACGACUAAUAUGAAUAAUGCGUCUUAUGGAGAUGCUUAUAGCGUUCCAUAUUCUGCGGCUCAAACUCAACAAGGAAUUGGGACGACGGUUUUGCAUGACGGCAUUGAAGCUUGGUUUGAAGUUGAACCAGCUGGUCAAAUACUUCUCAAACUAAACUUUGUGAAAGAGAAUGCUCGUAAGAGACCUGCAAUUCUUGGUAGAAAAGAUGCCUUUCGUAAGAAAAAGGGCGAAAUUCAUGAACAAAAUGGACAUAAAUUUAUUCAGCAGAUAUUUUAUCAGGUUAUGAAAUGUGCUUAUUGCGAAGAAUUGUUCGUUAAUGAAGGUUAUCAAUGUGAAGUUAUAACUAACAUUACAGCUAAUUGGUGUUGUCAUUGUGGCUAUCUUCUUCCAUUUGGAAAGAAGGGAGCUAAAAGAUGUUCCGAAUGUAAUAUUACUUGCCACGCCAAAUGUACUCAUCUUGUUCCCGAUUUCUGUGGAAUGACUAUGAAGCGUGCUAGUGAAAUGAUCGAUCAAAUUCAAAGUGCUUUAAGGAAUAAAUUAGUCCAUGCUGAUAGUUAUCCACCCAUCACUAAUGAACCUCCUCAGAAAAUGCCAAUUCAACCAUUGCUUCCAUCACCGAAAACAUUUGUUCAGCCGAGAUAUUCUCCACCAAAACCAUAUCUUUCUCAAGUUUCGGAGGAUACUUACAAUCAACCUGUACAACAGCAACCUCUAUAUAAUCAACCUGCUAAUAUGCCGGUAGUACCUUCACCGGUUCCGUCAAAAUCUCAUUCACAAGUUUCCUACGUUCCUCCUCAACUAGUUCCAGUUCAACCAGUAACUCUGCCUUCACCACCUUCUCCGAAUAAUCAGAGUGAAUCUAUAAUUCAAAAAAAUCGUAAAGUUGGUUUAGAUGACUUCAAUUUCCUUGCUGUGUUGGGUAAAGGAAAUUUCGGAAAGGUUAUGCUGGCCGAGGAAAAAUAUACAAAGCAACUUUAUGCUAUCAAGGUGCUUAAAAAAGAGUUUAUUAUUGAAAAUGACGAAGUAGAAAGCACGAGGUCCGAAAAACGUGUUUUUCAAGCUGCCAAUCGAGAACGUCACCCAUUCUUGCUUGGUUUACACUCGUGCUUUCAAACAGAAACUCGUAUCUACUUUGUUAUGGAAUACGUCAGCGGUGGUGACUUAAUGUUGCAUAUCCAAAGAGAGCAAUUUACUUAUCGACGAGCACAAUUCUACGCUGCUGAGGUCUUAUUAGCUUUGGAAUAUUUGCAUAAAGUUGGUAUUAUAUACAGAGAUCUCAAGCUCGAUAACAUACUGUUAACAUUGGAUGGACAUAUUAAAAUUGCUGAUUAUGGUCUUUGUAAAGAGGAAAUAUGGUGGGGUCAUACUACUAACACAUUCUGUGGAACACCGGAAUUUAUGGCACCUGAGAUUCUUUUAGAACAACGAUAUGGUCGUGCAGUUGAUUGGUGGGCUUUUGGCGUUUUAAUUUAUGAAAUGCUCCUCGGACAAUCACCAUUUCGUGGUGAUGACGAAGACGAAAUAUUUGAUGCUAUUUUGGAGGAUGAAAUUCUCUAUCCCAUUAAUAUGUCAAGAGAUUCUGUAUCUAUAUUGCAGAAAUUGCUUACUCGCGAUCCUGAAAAAAGACUUGGAUCAGGACGCGGCGAUGCUGAAGACAUAAAGCGACACCCCUUCUUUAAAGGAGUGAAUUGGGAAGAUAUGCUCGCGAAGAAAGUUCCACCUCCUUUCUACCCUUCAAUUUCAUCACCAACAGAUACAUCGAAUUUCGAUGAUGAAUUUACAAGUGAAGUGCCUGUCCUUACACCUGUUCACAGUCAUCUAAAAUCUGAAGCACAGGAAGAGUUUAAAGGAUUUUCAUAUGUUUCAGAGUGGGUGGUUAAUGGUUAA